UGUAAACGAGGUUAUAUCCCCGAAUUGGGCGGUGAUCGAGGAGGCGCUUUGGUGGUUCUCAUGGCCUGCCACCAUCUUCACACUGCGACUGCUAGUGCGUCGCACAUUUGCAGAAAUUUUUUGAGAUACAUUUUCACCGCCAAAUUUGCUUCUCCUCUUCGUUUCUCUUCUUCUUCUUCUUCUUCUUUGAGGAUACAGUCUCCUGGUCACCAUUGUUUUCCGUCUUUCUCCGUUCUGCUAUCCCCGAAGGGUUACUGUAGUUCAUCUAGAAGUGUAAAUGCUGCGAUUAACGUAGAUAGCAAUGCAACUUAUCAUGGUAGUCCGGCAUCUUCUAGUAGCCAGCAAAUGCUGCAAGUCCAAGAUUCAUUAUCGAAUUCACCCACAUGCAAAGAAGAAACUGAAAUUGAUAGUCCUUCAGAUGCGAGGGUCAUGCUCAUUGAUGGCACAUCAAUCAUUUAUAGAGCAUACCACAAGCUUUUGGCAAAGCUGCAUCAUGGCCAUUUAUCACAUGCGGAUGGCAAUGGAGAUUGGGUGCUAACAAUAUUUACUGCCAUGUCACUUAUUGUUGAUGUUCUGGAGUUUAUGCCUUCUCAUGUGGCGGUUGUGUUUGAUCAUGAUGGACAUGCAUAUGGUCAUACUUGUUAUUCAUCCAAUGAAAAUUUCAUGGCAAAAGGAUCCACUUUUCGUCAUACACGUUACCCUGCAUACAAGAGUAACAGGCCACCCACACCUGAUACCAUAGUCCAGGGGCUCCAAUACUUAAAGGCAUCCAUAAAGUCCAUGUCCGUAAAGGUGAUUGAGGUACCUGGAGUGGAGGCUGAUGAUGUGAUUGGCACAUUGGCUUUGAGAAGUGUUGCUGCUGGGUGUAAGGUUCGUGUUGUCUCCCCUGACAAAGACUUCUUCCAGAUUAUAUCUCCUUCAUUACGUCUUUUACGAAUAGCUCCACGUGGGUUUGAGAUGGUUUCUUUUGGGCUGGAGGAUUUUGCCGAAAAAUAUGGAGUUCUGGAACCUUCUCAGUUCGUUGAUGUGAUGUCUUUAGUUGGUGACAAAUCUGAUAAUAUUCCAGGAGUCGAUGGAAUUGGAAAUGUCAAUGCUGUGCAACUUAUCACUAGAUUCGGCACAUUAGAAAAUUUGUUGCAACAUGUUGAUCAAGUGGAAGAUGAACGUAUAAGGAAGAUGUUGGUAACAAAUGCUGAACAAGCUAUCUUGAGCAAGGACCUGGCAAUCUUGCGAUCUGAUCUUCCGCUCUAUAUGGUACCAUUUACCACCAGAGAUCUUUUAUUCAAGAAACCGGAGGAUAAUGGGGAGAAAUUCACAAGCCUCUUAACUGCUAUUGGUGCAUAUGCAGAAGGAUUCUCAGCUGAUCCAAUUAUGAGGAGAGUACUAAACUUAUGGAAGAAGCUUGAAAAAAGUUAGUGAUCGAUGUCAAUUUGCUCAGCCUCUUGUCCACUUUGUUGCAUGUAGAUUUGGUUUUGUUGUAUAAUUAGAGAUGUUAGCAGAGGUUAGAAACCAAAUUAGUCUCUGUUUAUGAAUACCCCCUUGUUCUUCGUAGCCUUUGAGCAAAGAAAAUGAGAAACACAGGAAAUUUCAGCUUUACAUGUGAUGGAGUAUCCCUUGCUGUGAA